AUGGGCAAAAAAGCUCCCUCAAAACACUCCCGCGAAGCCCGUCGGGCUACCUCGCCGGGCAUCGACCUCGACAAGUCGCUGAAGAACGCCAAGCCGCCGCAAACAUCGGUCGACUUCCGGCCGUCAAUCCUGGGCAUUCACCAAGCGGCGGGUGUCUCGAAGCGGGUCAAGAAGCAGGGCCGCAAGGCCGUGCUGAGCGCCAAGGCACGGCGACGGCAGGAGCGCGGCCUGGACAUGGCGGCGGCGGUGAUGGAGCGCACCGCGCAAAAGGUGCAGCGCAGCAAGUCGAGCGCACGGACGAUCCAGAGCCGGAGCAAGGAGUGGACGGAGAUCAAUAAGGCGGCGGAGCGCGAGGUAGGCUUGGCCGGCAAGAAGAAGCAGCAGCUGGGCAUGUUUGGCGCGCUCGCCAGCGGUGACGAUGACGACGAGGACGAGGACGACGGCUUCGAAGACGUUGACAGUGGUGAUGAGGCGGUGCGUGCGUUCUACGGUGACGACGACGAGGGCCUGGACGCAAACAUGGACGAGGCAACGGCCGCGCAGUCGAUCCCGGCGUCGGUGCCACUGGCCGCGCUGGCCAACGACGACGACAUUCUGUGA